GCCAAAGACUUGGAAGUCAAUUCCGUACUGUUCUGUUGUUUUUAAUCAUUAGAAAAGAAGAACCAACGCAUUAAUCUCAAAAACCCAGCGUUCCAAUUUCCCAAUUGCCUCUCACAACUCAACACUUGACAGAAACAUAUAGAUAGUUGAAUUAAUCAAAUCAACAAAUUGUAACAUUCUCUCUUCAUAUAGGACAGACAGAGAUGAUCAGCUUCAGCAGAGCAGCAGCAGAAGGAGGUGACUUGACGCUGCCAGUGGGGUUCAGAUUUCGUCCCACAGAUGAAGAGCUGGUGGACUACUAUUUGAAGAAUAAGGUGCAGGGCAUGGAUUUCCAUGCGGAAGGCAUCAUUGAUGAAAUUGAUAUCCUCAAGUUCGAGCCAUGGGAUUUAGUUGCGAAAUCGUUGAUGAAGCCGGACGAUGAGAGCGGGUUCUUCUUCAGUCAACCAGAGUACACCCCAAAAAAAAAGACCAAGAGGACCACAGAGGUAGGCUUUUGGAAGAUAACAGGCAGAGAACAUGACAUCAGGACUCGAGACAGGAGAAGAACCGUCAUCGGCAAAAAGAGGAUUCUGACCUUUUACAUAGGUCAAGUUCGCAAUUCCGACAAGACCAACUGGGUCAUGCAUGAGUAUUAUAUCCCUAAAGCCCAUCCUAAUGCCAACCAGAGGGACUUCGUUCUCUGUCACUUGAAGAAUAAUGUGAAAAAUGCUGAUGUUGCAACAACCUGUGAUGAAGGUGAAACUCACAAUGCAUCUGAUGUCGAAUAUCAACCAGUAAAUGACAUGAAUAUGGAAGAUACUCGGCCACCAGAAAAUGGGGACUAUUUUGAGCGGGCAAGGGAUCUUUUGCUUGCAAAUUCCCUUAGUAAUAAUGAUCACAAUGCGUUUCCACCUGAAUUCGCAGAGUUCUUAGAGACGGUUCUUGUUGAACCAGAUGGUGGAGUAACCAGUGACACAGACAUGGAACCAUUCCAUGGACAUGUACAGACAGAAAUGGAUAGAGGAGUAUUCUAUGGUUCGAGCCAGCCCAGCCGAGAUACAGGUGGCAUAUUUCGUAACCAGAUCUCCCCACAGGCUGCUUCUUCUGUCAAUGUAGCACCUAAACCUGAGACUGAUCGAGUUCAAUUAAAGUCUGAUGCAUCUCAAGGAGCACAAGGACCACGACACCUAUCAGGUCCCAUCAUUGAUACUUCCGCUGACGAAUAUUAUACAAAGGAAAAAACACGCCGAAGAACAUAUCCACCAGCAAAGCCCAAACAACCUGCAUAUCGUGGAACUGCUGCUGAUUUGCCCCAGAAGCAGAUCUCUGUAACAAAUUCUAGCCAAGACAAGAAGGUGGCUCAAGGCAAAAAUGCAGAAAAGGGUAUGGAGCAGACACAGAAUAGAACAACCGUCAGCAAUUGGAAGGGUUCCUUCAUUACCUGGCAAACAUCCCCGUUGACAACAAGUCCCCCAUCAGUCUACAUUUCCAACAUUUUUCUAGGCCUUUUUUUGUUGUACUCUUGUGUCCGGGAAGUAGUUUUAUAUGGGGAGUGAGCUAAGCUCACUCACCAGAAAAUAUUUCAUUCUAGUA